AAGCAUGCUGAACGCUGUGCCAUCCCCUUUUAUGCCAAACGAGGCGACAAACUGCGAGCGCCAGGCUGUGGAAACCCACCAAAUAAUAAUAAUUCAGAUGGGGUUUGCCAUAACUUUUGCUGUGCCCCAGGUCGCUCACCCCGGCCGACUCCCCUCCAACUCAAAGACCGGGCCCCCGCCGGCCCCGACCCCGACCCCCGCCUUUUCCGCCUUGGCGCCCUCCGGCAAGCCGCGCGACCCAGCGCCGCCGACAUCCCCAUGA